GGCGGUGCCCGCGCGGCACUCCCGUGCGGCGCGCGGUGCCGGCGGCGGCGGCGGCUGCGGGCGGAGCAGGGAUGCGCCCCGGCUGCGGGAGCGGCAGCGGCAGCGGCGAACGCCCAGCGGAGCGGGGGUGGCGAGCGCGGCCGGUUUAUCAAUAUAGAGUCCACAUUGGUUUCACAUGUGACAAGGAGGCAAGCAAACAGUGGAGAACGGCAGUACAUGUGAUGCAGAUAAGCAAGAAAGAAAAAUUAAGAACAAAAAGACAGAGCAGUUACUAAAAAGCAGAUGGUGCAUUUCAAAAUAAUACCAUAACGGCUCACCAUUUUAAUCAAUUAUUGAGUACACCUUGGGGAUUUUCCACCAAGUCCACUUAAUGCUGCUUUUAAAAUGACUUUUAUGGACUCUACUCCAGCGCUGAUCUUUACAUGGAAAUAACAGAAAAUUCCAAGAAAUGGAAGUCGCUGCUAGUAAAAGAAGAAAAGCUGAGUAUCAUCAGGGUUAAUAGCUCCUAUUUGAGAUCCAUGAAUGAUUACAGAGUUGCUUUUCUAUAUCGAACUUUCAAGUUUCAUUAAUAAUAUGCUGCCUUUCCAGGACAUAGGUGCACUCCUCGUACAAAGGCUGUUUAUUCAUCACAUGGAAUAGAAGAGCUAGAGGAACAAUGGCUUCAAAGGUCUCAUGCUUAUACAUUUUGACAGUAGUUUGUUGGGCAAGCGCUCUUUGGUACUUAAGUAUAACUCGUCCUACUUCUUCCUACACUGGCCACAGACAGGUCAGUAGCAUAUCCAUAGCCAGAAAAAACGUUUCCUUUGGCAACAUAAGAACUCGACCUAUAAAUCCACAUUCCUUUGAUUUUCUUAUCAAUGAACCCAACAAAUGUGAGAAGAGCAUCCCUUUCUUGGUCAUUCUUAUCAGCACAACUCACAAAGAGUUUGAUGCAAGGCAAGCCAUUCGAGAAACAUGGGGAGAUGAAAACAACUUUAAAGGAAUUAAAAUCGCUACACUAUUUCUUCUUGGAAAAAAUACAGAUCCUGUGUUAAAUCAAAUGGUAGAGCAAGAAAGCCAAAUUUUUCAUGACAUUAUUGUGGAGGAUUUUAUCGACUCUUACCAUAACCUCACUCUGAAAACGCUGAUGGGGAUGAGGUGGGUAGCAACAUUUUGUUCAAAAGCAAAGUAUGUUAUGAAGACAGACAGUGAUAUUUUUGUAAAUAUGGACAAUCUUAUUUAUAAGCUGCUCAAACCUAACACCAAGCCAAGGAGAAGGUACUUCACUGGUUACGUUAUAAACGGAGGACCAAUAAGAGAUGUUCGCAGUAAGUGGUACAUGCCGAGAGAUUUGUAUCCUGACAGCAAUUACCCACCCUUCUGUUCAGGCACUGGCUACAUUUUUUCAGCUGACGUAGCAGAACUGAUUUACAAAACCUCCCUUCAUACCAGACUUCUUCAUCUUGAAGAUGUGUACGUUGGACUUUGCCUUCGGAAACUGGGCAUUCACCCCUUCCAAAACAGUGGCUUCAAUCACUGGAAAAUGGCCUACAGCUUGUGCAGGUACCGCAGGGUGAUCACAGUACACCAGAUAACACCAGAAGAAAUGCACAGAAUUUGGAAUGACAUGUCCAGCAAGAAACAUCUUAGAUGUUAAGAUUUUUACAGAUGUAAAUACCUUUUUUUUUUUUUUUUUUUUGGUUUAGUCGGGUUAUUUUUUGACAAAGUGAUCUGCUGAUUUACAAGUUGAACUGUGGGAUAUUAACUGUGAGAGGAUUUUUAUGACUGAUUUUUCAUUCUCGCUUUGACUACUAGUUUACAAACUUCAGGCUCUUUUUGGUAAGGACAUUAUACCAACCGAAAGGAACUCGAGUCAAGUCUCAGAUUUUGUAUAUUAUCAUCUAUCACACAUAUCAGCUCUUGCAUCUGUGUGUAAAAGGACAGUAAUAAGCUAUUAUGAGCUGCUUAACAGUUCAUGCCCCAGCCUCUGAGAUAAGACUCAGACCCUAAGAAACUUUUAUUCUUUUUUGACACCCUACAACCAUCUCUAUUUAGAGCUGUGUUCAUAAAUUAAGCAGUCUACAUUUGCACUGAAGUUAUAUACCUACCUUGACAUGUAUAUUUGAUAGUACAAUGUGUGCAGUUCCCAAAUAGCUUACUGAUGGUGUAAUAGCAGAACUUAGACAGGUAAGAACAUCAAAGUCCCACUGGCCUUAGAAACAAACCCACACACUGAAGUAUAUUUUCAUCUACCAAAUGGUAUUUCUUUAAUUUAUUUCAGAAGACAGUACAUUUCUUUACACUUCCUAAAAUAGCCCAUAAAAUAUGUAACACAGUUUAAAAAUUAAGUAGAAUUUGUAGGAGAAAUAAUACACAGGAGAUGUAUGAAAAAUUAUCUUAAAAAUACAUGAGAAAAGCAUUACUAUGUUUUAAUUUCAAAGCAAGGCAAUGUCUCUCGUAAGUAUCAAUGGAUUCUCAAUUAAAUCUCUGGUGUAGCAAUAUCUAAUUAUGUUGAAUGCUAAAAGUGUUAAUAAGCAGCAUAUUUCUUCAGUGUCAGUCAGUGCCAUAUUUACCUAAAAAAAAGUAACACAAAAGCAGCUUUGUACAAGUAAGCUCUACUUUUUUCUACAGUACAUACAGGAAUGAGAUUCUACCAGAUUUUUAAUGGUGUAGAAAGGAAGAAUUUAGUCCAGUAAAAGAAUGGAGUCCAUUUUCUGUCAAUUGGACAGCAGAGUACAUAAGAGUUAUGUACAAAUUUCACAGCAAAAUAGAGGGCUUUUAAGAAGCAUCUAGUAAAAAAACCCAAA